UUCACUUGUUCAGCCCUCAGUCUGAGAGGAGGAGGAUGAUGAUGACAUGUGAUUGGCCAGGCGGGGACUGGUAGACCGGGGGUUGGCACUGCGAGGCUUUUCGUUGCUCCCCGUGUUCAUGUUUACACCUUUGCUGACCGGGACGAGAGGAGACGCGGCGCGCCGGGGUCCGGUGGACAAACUCGGGAGUAAAGUCUUUGGGUUAUUAUUUUUUGCUGCAACCUGUCAGCGUUUUAUCUUUUGCGCUUCUUUUUUUCUUCUUUUUCUUUUCUUUUCUCUUUUUUUGGGCGCAGAACUGGACUCGCUUUCGUUUAAUUUCUCCGUCCAACGCAGCGAUGCGUCAAAGUUUUUGGUGACUCUCGGUGCAUUUGUGCGCUUAGGGCUGGGAACCAGGUCAACCUGACAGAUCUUGCCUUUAAACAUCGUGAAAUCUCUAAACACAAACUUUUAAUGCGAACGGAAUUAAAAGUUUUGGCGAUGGAUGCUUUUUAAACCAAAGGAAAAAGAUUAACUCGCGUUUUUGUUCAGUUGAUGAACUCGAGGGCGUUCAAGCCAGCCUCAUCCUGUGGGCAACGACCGUGCAGGACAGGAGCCCCCCUCGGUGCGGAGGCGCAGCCGAAAAAGAUGCGCCCUCUUCGGAUGCAGUGUGACCAAAUUGCCGGUCCUUUGGUUCUUCUCCUGGUCUGUGGAUUUGUGGCGUCUGACACGGAGAGCAGCGACUACAGCGAAGCCGAGGUUCUGCCCGACUCCUUCCCGUCAGCUCCAGCGGAGCCCCUACCGGAGUUCCUGCUGGAACCCGAAGACGCCUUUAUCGUGAAGAACCGUCCGGUCCAGCUGCGCUGCCGGGCGUCGCCGGCCACCCAGAUCUACUUCAAAUGUAACGGCGAGUGGGUCAAUCAGAACGACCAUGUCACCAGGGAGAGCCUGGACCAGCUUACAGGUCUGGUAGUGAGGGAAGUGGACAUCUCCGUGUCGCGGACCCAGGUGGAGGAGCUGUUCGGCCUGGAGGACUACUGGUGCCAGUGUGUGGCCUGGAGCUCGGCUGGCACAACCAAGAGCAACCGUGCCUACGUUCGCAUUGCAUACCUGAGGAAGAACUUCGAGCAGGAGCCCCUCGGGAGGGAAGUGCGGCUGGAGCAGGAGGUGCUGCUGCAGUGUCGGCCCCCGGAGGGCAUGCCUGCUGCGGAGGUGGACUGGCUGAAGAACGAGGAUAUCAUUGAUCUGUCACAGGAUUCCAAUUUCCUGAUCACUAUUGAUCACGACCUGAUCAUCAAACAGGCCAGACUCUCAGACACGGCAAACUACACGUGUGUGGCGAGAAAUGUGGUGGCCAGACGGCGGAGCAGCACAGCCACUCUAAUUGUUUAUGUUAGCGGAGGUUGGUCUUCUUGGACUGAAUGGUCAGAGUGUAACGCUCGGUGUGGGCGUGGCUGGCAACGUCGUACACGCAGCUGCACCAAUCCAGCCCCUCUGAACGGAGGAGUCUUCUGUGAGGGCCCGCCGGUGCAGAGAGUAACUUGCACCACACUGUGCCCAGUGGACGGAGGCUGGACAGAGUGGGCAAAGUGGUCCGCCUGUGGGACAGAGUGCACCCACUGGCGCAGUCGCGAGUGCCAAGCCCCACCGCCAAUAAAUGGAGGGAAGCACUGUAGCGGAAGCAUGAUGGAGAGCAAAAACUGCACCGAGGGCCUAUGUGCAAGAAAUAAAAAGGUCUCAAUAGAACAUGCGAGCCAUCCAUUAUCUCCUGGUAUGGGUGUAGCGGUGUACACAGGCCUGGUAGUAGCCUUGCUGCUGACGGUGGUCAUGGCUCUUGGUGUGGGUGUGCUGGCGUAUCGCCGCCGAUGUCGCCAUCUCCACGGAGACAUCACAGAUUCUUCAUCUGCUCUUACUGCAGCGUUUCAUCCUGGCAACUACAAGGCUCCCAGGCAGGAUAAUCCUCUCCACCCCUCGGCUCCUCCGGAUCUGACAGCGACAGCCGGUGCUUUCCGUGGACCGCUCUUCUCCCUGCCUCAGGGCAUCAAUGACAGCCCGCACAAAAUCCCCAUGACCACCUCCCCCCUGCUGGACCCGCUCCCCAGUCUCAAAAUCAAGGUGUACAACUCGUCCACUCUGUCCUCUCUGGAGCUCCCGGCUGAUAUGGGUGUUGGCGAUGGCGAGAUCCUGAGCCUGAAGUCGGUGGGCACCGUGGGCCGAGAGCGAGAGUUUCACAGUCACACGCUGUCCAGAGAGCCGGGGCUGAGCACCAGCGCCACGCUGGGACAUCUGGGCGGACGACUUACCAUCCCCAACACGGGUGUGAGCCUGCUGGUCCCGCCUGGCACAAUCCCUCAGGGGAAGUUCUACGAGAUGUACCUCAUUAUUAACAAGUGGGACAAAACAACGUUACCCUCAGAGGGGAGCCAGACUGUGCUAAGUCCCGUGGUGAGCUGUGGUCCAUCAAGUAUGCUGCUGAACCGGCCUGUUGUCCUUACGCUUCCCCACUGCGCUCAGCUGGACACGCCUACGCCCGACUGGACCCUCACACUCAAAACACAAACGCACCAGGGAGCAUGGGAGGAGGUGCUGACGGUCGGGGAGGAGACUUUGUCGUCUCCUUGCUACCUGCAGCUGGAGGAGGAAUGCUGCCAUGUCCUCAUGGAGCAGCUGGGAACGUACGGCCUGGUGGGCCAGUCCUGCCCUCCACGGCCGGCCUGCAAGCGCCUGCAGCUGGCUCUGUUCGCUCCCCGCGCGCCAUGCCUCUCCCUGGACUACAGCCUGCGCAUCUACUGCAUCCACGACACGCCACACGCUCUCAAGGAAGUUCUGGAUCUGGAGAGGAGUCUGGGUGGAGUUUUACUAGAAGACCCGAAGCCGCUGUUCUUCAAAGACAGCUACCACAACCUCCGCCUGUCCAUCCACGACAUUCCUCACAAUCACUGGAGGAGCAAACUUCUGGCCAAGUACCAGGAGAUCCCUUUCUAUCACAUUUGGAGCGGCAGCCAGAGACCUUUACACUGCACCUUCAGCCUGGAGCGAGCCAGCCUGGCCGUGUCGCAGCUCGCCUGCAAGAUCUGCGUCCGGCAGGUGGAAGGGGAGGGACAGAUAUUCCAGCUGCACACGGACAUCCAGGAGACUCUCCCACCUCACUCACCACUCCCGUCGGGAAGCACCUGCCUGCCUUCCUCUCAGGUGGGACCGUAUGCCUUUCGCCUGCCCGACUCCAUCCGACAGAAGAUCUGCGCCAGCUUGGAUGCGCCCAGCGCUCGAGGGUGCGACUGGAGACUUCUGGCUCGCAGUCUGGGCUUUGACAGGUAUUUGAACUACUUUGCCACAAAGCCCAGCCCCACAGGUGUUCUGCUGGACUUAUGGGAAGCGUGUCACCAAGGUGACGCAGAUCUGGUCUCUCUGGCGACGGCUCUGGAGGAGAUGGGCAAAAGUGAAGUGCUGGUUGUCAUGACAACAGAUGGGGAUUGUUGAUUGACCAAGAUACACAAGACCAAGCAAGACAUUUUUGGACUUUUGUUUCGGGGGGAGCAGGAGGGGGAUUUAUUUCCACCGCAGUGAUGAAAAUGAGAAUCCUUGCCUAUGAAUAUGCACACGCUGACACAGAUCUUUCAUCAGCAGAGCGUUUCGGUUGUACUACCCACUCUUUUGCUGAGUCCUGACCAGCCAUUGUAGCUGCAUAUGAACCAUAGCCCGUCCCCAUGUGUGCCGUCCAACUGCCAGCCUGAUUCAGCCUCAGCUCUCCAAAGCAAUAUUGGAUUUGCAAGAUGGAAAACCAUUCUGGGCGCACCAACUUGAACAAAUGCUGCAAAGUCUACUAAGAUUGUGAUGUAACGUGUUAUUAAGUGCUGAAAAUUACAUUAUUCUUACAUAUUUAAUAACAUUGUUUUAAAUUAAGCUACAGAAAUCCAUUUAGUCAACACGCAGUUAACUGCUGACAUGGGAUUAUUUCAGUAGCAGCAUGGAAGUGCAUGAUUUAAUGAUUCAACACCAUCUCAUCUCAUGGUACGGGGUUUUGUUUUCUUCAUUCUUAUUCAGAGUAGGCUGUGAAUGACAGGCUGCACCAACCUGCCUGCAGUCUUACACACACACGCACGCGCGCUCUCCAAAAUACACACAUGGAGAAAGUGGUCGUUAAUCGACUCGGAAACAGGCAGGCGAAGAAUUCUCGUCUUAUGGACAGAUAAGAAUCGGAUCCUAAAGGUUUCAGUCAUAUUGCUUCUGGCUGAAAAGGGGAGUAAAAAAAGGGUCUGCCUCUCCUUAACAAUGGGAGAUUAAAUUGCAAAGUUUGUUUCAGGAUUGGCAGAUAACUAGACUGACUCUUUUUAUUGUCCCAACAAACACCUCAAAGCCUUGGCAUAUCGCUCCGACUCACAGGGGUGUUUCUCUUUCAUGUUUUCUUAUGUUCCUCCAUUGCUCUGCUGCGCUCCCUAUCUGCCGAGAAUAAACUGAAUCAUCCUUUAAAAGUUUCCUUUGGGGAACGCUUUUUAAUUUAUUAUCCAUAUUUGUGGAUUGCAUUUUUUUUUCAUUCUUACUGACAGAGUUAUCAUAUAGGACCUGUUUUACCAUUUGUGCUUCUUUAGGCUACUGAGCUGCUCUUGAUUAUUGUAUUUUCAUUCUACAGCGAAGUGAAUAGAUGGUGGUUAUUGGUAGGAAAAAAUAAUUAUAUUUUUUAUUUUGUGCACCGAUUCAAGAUGUUAAUAUUUCCAGUGCCUUGCAAAAGUAUAAACACCCACUGAAUUUUUUCCACAUUUUCCCAGCUCAAGAUGGAUUGUUUUCAAAAGUUUUAACACAUACAAAUUUGUAAAAUUGUGCCAUGCAUCUGUGCUCUUUACUCUGAUUCUCCUCAAUAAAAUCCAGCACAUUGUUCAAAUCAACCACAAUUCGGCUUUCUAACUAACUGGGAGGCCAGGCAAGGAGAGGCAGCCAACAUGCCCAGGUUAACUUGGGAGGAGCUACACAGAUCCUCUGCUCAGGUGGGACAAUAAGUUCACAGAAAACCAUAUUUUAUGGGUGAGGAACAAAUGAAAGGCAUUUUGGAUAGAAACUUAUGAAAAAUCCCAUUAAAAUUUUGUCACAAACAAAUAAAAUGAGAUUAUUUUGGUCAGAUAUGGAAAACUGUGUGGCAGAAAAUGAAUGCUGCACAUCCCACCAUGCCCAUGAUGGAACAUGGUGGUGGCAGCAUCAUUCUAUGGGGAUGGUUUUCUUCAGCAUGACCAGAAAACUGGUCAGAGUGGAUUGGAAGAUGGAUCUUUUAGCAACUAACCCUUAACAUAACACCAGAGCUGGUUUAGAGUUAAAACUUACUCAAGUGUUAGACUGGCCCAGUCAAAGUCCACACCCAGAUCCAAAGAUUUUAAAAGAGAUGUUCACAGAUGCUGUCUGUUUAACCUAACUCGGCUUUAGCUAUUCUGCACAGAAGAGUGGGCAAAUAUUCCAGUUUGUAGAUGUGCAGAGCUGGUUGAGACAUCCAAACAAGUUGUAAAAACCCUUGAAAAUCAUAUAUCAUUUUUGUUAUUCUUCACUAUAAUGUCUAUAAGACAUAAUUCCCAAUACAAUAUACUGAUGUCUAUGGUUUUUACAUGACAAAAUUGGGGAUCGUUCAAGGUGUAUGAGUACUUUUGCGAGGCAUCAUAACAUAUAGGACCCUUGCUUUGCUGCGUCUGAAAAAGAGACGAUUAUAGAAUAAAUUAGCCUUACCUGAAAUCAAUUUGGCAGCAAGGGACCAUAUAUGUUAAUUUACCGCAACACAAGCUUAAUUAUGUCUUGUAAGACAUUCUAUCCUCCUUUAUCUCACAAUGAUGGCUUAUUGACGAUCUUUCUCCUGAGCUGCCUGCUCUGUGGUUAGGCUCCUCGAGCCAUUUGUAUUAUCAUUAUUGAUCGAUCAGUUAUUGUUAGAUGAGAAAAUUAAAUUUCAUCCUCCACAGAUUUAGUUUUUUCCUUUCUGUUUUGUGUCUCCAAGAAAGGAGAAGCAAGUGUUUAUAGUUCUAAAAAGACAGAAACCAAAACAGCGCCAGUAUCCCUCCUCUUCAGCUGUGAGUCAUGCAACUGUUUUGUGUGAAUGAAGUGAGCGUGCGUGAGUAAAUGUGUUUGUGGGGGCAGAUUGAUGUUCACAAACAAAAAAAAUGUAUACAUCAUUUGGAGCUGUCAUUUCUCUCUGUAAGUGCUAUGCAAGUACAAAGGAAAAGUGAAGCAUUUCCAACUUCUUUUGUUUCCUCCAAGAGUAUUUCUAUUUUUACAGAUCACAGCAUUCAUAGGGUUUUUGAUUUUUGUAUCCUGAAGUGGUCUAAUGGUGAUUUAGUUUUCUUCUUUUUUGGGGGGGAUGCUAAUCUUGCUCAAAGAUUUCUCCAUCUGGACUGGAAGAGUUGGAUCACUCACCUCACCGAGGAUGCCAUAAAUGACAAAAAACAAAAAACAGAGUGGUGCAACGGGCUCAGGACGAGCCGUGGCUUACAUGGUGAGGCCAUGCCCUGCAGGUCUUUACCAGACUGCAGUCGGUUCAGUGAGCACCGCGGGAUGUUUCUCUUUUCACCAUUCUUGUUGCAGAAACCUCCUUGCUGAUGACUAUACAGUGUUUUUUGCGUGCAGAUCUCUGUGUCCGCUGGAUUGUUGGCCAUAAUCGCUGGAGUUGCUAAAGCUGAACGUGAUUGGUCGGCUCACUUGAAGGAGACAAACUCUGCCUUUGUUCAAAUAUUCAGACAUUUUUACAGAAACUCUAAAUGGGUUCAGUGACAUUAUUUUGUCUCUGUGAAGUACCAAUUGUAAAUACCUGUCUAGCCUUCUUACUUGUAACUAAAUAUAAUUUUUAUGCAAUAAAUUAUAUUUCUUAGAUUAA